GACAGCGCGGCGGGGCUGAUAGACAGCGCGGCGGGGCUGAUAGACAGCGCGGCGGGGCUGAUAGACAGCGCGGCGGGCUCAGCUCGGUGCCGUCACCGGCCCCGGUGCGGUCAGCGCGCACCCACAGACACGCACCGCACGGCCGCCCCGCCGCGCAGACAUCCCCCCGACGGCGCAGCGUCCCGACUGUCCGGGAGCCCUACGCCCCAGGUGCGGGAAUCGGGAGUUUCUCGCCUCCGGCCGGUCUGGGGCAGCGGCCCUUGCGAACUGCGAGGAGCUGAGGGUCUGCGUGUUUCCUGGACCACCUGUCUUUGCUGUGCCGCCGAGGAGCUAUGGCUGAGGAACGCGCUGGCGCCGACUGGGAGAUCGACGUGGAGAGCCUGGAAGGGGAGCCGGACGAGGCACCCGGCGCUCCGCGCGGCAGCACCGGCCCAGAGGAGGAAGAAGAGGAGGAGGAAGGCGAGGAGGCAGCGGCGGCCCCGCGGCGGGGCGAACCGCGGAAGCUGAGCCGCACGCCCAAGUGCGCCCGGUGCCGCAACCACGGCGUGGUGUCGUGCCUGAAGGGACACAAGCGGUUCUGCCGCUGGCGCGACUGCCAGUGCGCCAAUUGCCUGCUGGUGGUGGAGCGGCAGCGCGUCAUGGCCGCCCAGGUGGCGCUCCGGCGGCAGCAGGCCACCGAGGACAAGAAGGGGCUGACGGGGAAGCAGGCAAGUCUGGAGCGCAAAGCCAUCUACCAGAGGCACGUCCGGGCGCCCAGCCUCUUGGCGAAAAGCAUCCUGGAAGUUCUCCUUGGGAUUUUCUACCAUCUCUAGCAAUGUGUACAUAGUGAUUCAUCUUUAGAAAAUAGAAAAGACACCAGCUGUAGAUAUAGGUAUCUUCCUUGGAAAAGGGGAAACGUGUAUGAGAGGAAUGGGGGUGAAAACAGGUAAAAUCCUGUUCUCCUAACUCAUGUAAAUAUUUCCAUUAAUUCAAUGGAAUUGUCUGGAUAGAGCAAACAGGAUUGGAUCCUAUCGAUUAUAUUAAAUUAAGCCAGGUAGCUUGGUAAUUGAAUGCACUGGACACUGAAUUUCUAUGGUUUAUUGAAGUUCUAGUUCAUAAGAAAUAAAAUACUUGAAUGCUU